AUGUCGUCAUCUAAGCCCUUCGUUCUUUUCUUCAACCCUGUGAAACAUGCCGGGCCUUUCUACGAGAAGCUACAAGAAGUUGCCCAUACGGAAGUUGUUACCAGCAAAACUAGAGGGGAAUUUUUCAAGGACGUCCAAGACAAGUACAAAGAUAUAUUUGCCAUAUACCGGACAUCUGCUAGUGGCGCUGUGGCCGGUAAAUUCGACGCUGAGUUAAUUGAGCGUUUGCCGCCAAGCUGCAAGUAUAUUUUCCAUAAUGGCGCUGGAUAUGACCCAAUUGACACAAGUGCGUGCGCCAAAAGGGGCAUCAUUGUCACUAACGCUCCCGACCCUGUCACCGAUGCGACCGCCGAUCUGGCAGUUUUCCUGUUGUUAGGUGCCUUGAGGCAGCUCAACCCUUCUAUUUUCUCUUUGCGUGCAGGGAAUUUCAAGCAAGGCGUUGACUUUGGCCAUGAUCCCCAGGGCAAGACCUUAGGUAUUCUUGGAAUGGGCCGAAUCGGCCGCGCAAUCAAACACCGCUGUGAUCCUUUUGGUUUAAAGACGGUCUAUCACAACCGGAACCCUCUGUCAGCUGAGCAGGCUGCAGGUGCUGAGUAUGUUUCCUUUGAGAAGCUACUUACGGAGUGCGACAUCAUCAGCCUUAACGUUCCUCUGAACAAAAAUACCAAGCACAUGAUCGCCGCAGCGGAAAUCGCUAAGAUGAAACCCGGUGUAGUCAUCAUCAAUACGGCUCGAGGUGCCGUCAUUGAUGAGGCUGCCAUGGCCGACGCGCUAGAGAGCAAUCAUAUUGCUGCUGUCGGUUUGGACGUUUAUGAGCGGGAGCCCGAGAUCAAUGAGAAGCUCAUGAAGCAGCAGCGUGCUCUAAUGGUGCCCCACGUGGGAACCCACACAAUCGAGACACUGGCGAAGAUGGAGACGUGGGCAAUGGAAAACGCACGGCGAGCGAUCCUCGGCGAGUCGCUUCUGUCGCCUAUUCCGGAGCACCAGGGGCUUGUUUCCGGUCAGACAAAUUGA